CUUUUACCACCAACUUCCAACCCAUACGUUCUUUCUUGUUUGUUUUCGAAAAACAAAUCAAUUUCGAUCUUGCGUUCUUUUCAAGUCCUCAAGCAAUAUUAACACAAUUAUUCGACCCUGCUUAAUUGGCCUUUGAGUAGUAAGUUUUUGCACUUUUGAGGUCGGCACUUGAACUUACACUGCCAUUAUGGCAACUUCACCGCCGGCAUCGCCAGGCCUCCCCCGACCAUCGAGCGCCAUGGUAAAACCAGCCCCGCGGAGUAACAGUCGCCUGAGUAUGAGUAGCAAAGUGGGGGGUGGAGGAGGUACCGGAAGUCGAGCCUCAGAUGAAGAUGGAGGUCGUACAGCCGUCCGAGUCGCCGUCCGUGUGCGCCCACCAUUGAAAUCCACCGACCCCGGAUUUGAUCUCAUACCGCAACGAUUUCAAAGAUCUAUGGUACAGACGACCUCUAACACAGGUAUCGCCAUUGAUGCGCCGCAAGGCAAGAAGUUGUUCAUUUUUGAUCGCGUCUUUGGGCCUGAGAUUGAGCAAGAGGGAAUCUGGGAGUAUCUGCAAGAUAGUGUCAAUGCUUUUCUCCAAGGAUACAAUGUUUCUCUACUGGCCUAUGGCCAGUCUGGCGCUGGAAAGUCCUACACAAUGGGAACUUCAGGGCCCGUUGAACAGAACAACUAUGAGGCAACGGGUGUAAUCCCCCGAGCUGCGGCAGCUUUGUUCGAGAAGCUCGAUGGCAGUGCUCCCCAGAAAAACCCAAAUCGCAAUUCCAUGUCCCAAUUAAAGACACCAGCGCGCUAUUCGGCGCAAUCUUCGGCACCAAAGGCUGAAAAGAAUUGGCAGCUAAAGGCAACUUAUGUAGAGAUCUACAACGAGCAAUUGCGCGACUUGCUUGUACCAGAUCAUUUUCAACAGAAUGAGCGAGGCAAUGUCACUAUCCGUGAAGACCAAAAGGGUAACAUCAUCCUUACUGGCUUACAACAGGUCGACAUCAACUCGGUCGAUGACUUGAUGAAUUGUCUAAACUUUGGUUCGACGAUUCGACAGACCGAUGCGACCGCUAUCAAUGCGAAAUCCUCGCGAUCACAUGCCGUCUUCAGUCUAAAUCUCGUCCAGCGCAAGAGCAAGGCCCAAGGCACCCAGGGAGCUAACAAGAGGUUUUCCGCGCCGAUAGAAACGAUGACAGGAGCCGAUACCUGGGUAACUACGGAUAGCAAGUUGCACUUCGUCGAUCUGGCUGGUAGCGAACGUUUGAAGAACACCGGGGCGCAAGGAGAGCGGGCUAAGGAGGGUAUUUCUAUCAAUGCCGGUCUUGCUGCAUUAGGCAAGGUCAUAUCGCAGCUUUCGUCACGACAAGCCGGAUCCCACGUCUCUUAUCGAGAUUCGAGACUGACAAGACUUCUACAAGAUUCGCUGGGUGGAAACGCAAUCACUUACAUGAUUGCCUGCGUGACUCCUGCCGAGUUCCAUCUAAGUGAAACACUGAACACAGUGCAAUAUGCACAGAGAGCUCGAGCGAUUCAGAGCAAGCCCAGAAUCCAACAAGUAGAAGAAGGUGACAAGCAAGCCAUCAUCGAACGCUUAAAAGCUGAGGUCGCAUUCCUUCGCGAACAGAUCCGGAGCUCAGAGCGAAGUGGGACCGAGCGACGUCCUACUGCAACAAGUGAAAGGUCCGAGCGGCAUAACGAGAGAGAGUCAGAGCUGCAAAACCAGCUGUUAGAUACUCAAGAAAGUUAUAAUACUCUCAGUCAGCGCCAUGCGAAACUCAUUGCUGAGAUGGCUAGAGCCCGUGACAAUGAAGCAGCUGAGAACCAGGACGAUGAAGAAACGGUUGGCGAUACCGCAACAGAGAGAUUAAAGCGGUCUAACUCGUUCGCCCAGGCCGUGGAACAGGUUGUGUUGGAGUAUGAAAAGACUAUCCAAACGCUCGAGCAAUCCCUUACCAGCACACGGGCCACUCUUUCAAACACCGAAACGAGUCUGCUUGAGAAAGAAACGAAGUGCGCCUACAUUGAAACCAUCAACACCCAACUCCAAGCUCGCUUAACAAAACUUAUGGAUCGCGAGGCCAGCACGGAGAGCUACCUCCACGACUUGGAGGCCAAGCUUGAUGGCCACACGUCUGGAGAGGAGAAGAAUGCGACGAUUGUCCUCGAGUUGCGAAAGGAGAUUUCAAGGAUACGAGAAAAUGAAUCCGCUUGCGAAGAUUACAUUUCUACUUUGGAAGAAAGGCUUGCUGAAUCUGACCAGGAUCAAGAAUUGAUGCAGCGCGAAAUUGACCGUCUAGAACAAGUCAUUGAACGUCAACGAAGCCUCGGAAAACUCGAUAGCCUCCUGUAUGAGCUGGACCAUAUUCAUCAAGACGGCAAAGCAUCUGAUACUCAAUCAGAGCAAAACAAUGGCGCAGGACAUCGUCGUACAUUAUCCGAACGAUCAGCCAGAAGUCACGCCAGUCGACCCAGCUUGGGCCUGAGAGGUGUUCUUCCCGAGGUGGCCGAAAACGCCGAUGAAGAUGCGGGCGAGCAAGGCCGAGGAGCACGGACUCCUCCAGAUGAUCCCGAGGCAGCCGAAGAACGUAGCGAAACGCCAAACGAGCAUCGAGAUGAUGAGUCGAGGACCUCUGACUAUCCUCCUCAGAGCCCUGCGCAAACCAAAUUUGUCGCCGAUAAGCUCGAGGAUAUUACCGAAGAACUCGUUUCUCUACGAGUUGAGCAUGAAUCGACUCUUAACGAAUACGAUGCGUUACAUGCCAAGUACGAAGAAGCUAUGCGAACAUUGGCCGAAUUGCAGGACCAGGUUGAUGAAGCAAAGCACCCAAACCACCAUCGCGAUUCCAUUUUGUCGGUCACUUCCCCAAACGAGACUCGCCCGUCCAGUUUUUUAUCCGAUCUGAGGAACAGCGACCCCAAAGGUGGAACACUCUUAUCGCGAUCGCUUUCCUCGGAAUUAUCAUCAGCUAUGGACUCCCCUACUACUACCGAUAUGCCGGAGACCGGUACGAGGCCUUACGAAUCUAGGGAGACUCUGGUACCAGAAAAUUUCAGUAAUGAUCACAACGAAGAGAUAGCAGCUGAACUAGAAAAGCUCAAGGCUUUAGCUUACGAGAAGGAGGCUGCGGAGAGAGAGCUUUCCGAGAAGUAUGCUCAGUUAGAGGAUAAGCACAUGGAAACUCUGGAUAUGGUCGAAGAGCUGAAAACGCAGGUCGCAAAGGCGAAGCACCACAUGGAGCCGCCGUCUCCAAGGACCGCCACACCAGUUAUACGCCGGAAGUCUAGCCAGAACAUGAUGAUCAUUGACAGAGCACACCGGUCAUUCGCAACACUCAGGAAUAUUGCGGCCGAGAACUUCGAAAACCAGCCAGACCUCAUGCAAAGUUUCGAAAUAAAUAUUAACGCCGCUAUGCACGAGCUCCACGCGAGAUCGGAACGUAUUCAGGAAUUGGAGGCUGACGUUACCACCGCCAAAAGAGAAAUGGAAACAAAGAUGACUAUCAUUGCAGGUCUGACUCGCGAAAGAUCCAGUUUAACGAACAGCCCAAUGGAUAUUUCGAUGGUUGCCAAUUUGAGAGUGCAGCUAGAACGGAACGAGCAGCAACUCAAAGAGAUGCAAGUUGCACACGCCACCCGCGAAGAGGAGCUUGUUGCCGAAUUGGAGGGGCUGCGUGCGUCCAUCAACGAGGGCAGCGAGACUCUCCCGAUUUCUGUAACACAAACUCGGGAUCACGCCACGGACGAAAAUGACUCUCGUGCAACCCAAGACGAGAAAAUUGCGCAUCUUGAGGCCGAGCUUUCUAGCUGGGAAGGUAAACAUCAAGCGACUUUGGAAGCUAUGCAGACCACGGAACAACACAUGAAGAUGAUAAUCACUGAGCUUGAAACAGAGGUUGCGGCGGCCAACGCCCAGCUUAGCAAAUCUCGCGAGCAGGCGAACAGUGACGAUGAAUCUAGGGACGCGGAGGUCGAGAACCAGAAUCUCGUCGAUGCACUCCGCAACGAGAUCAACCAAUACAAGUCAGCCAUUGAUAGCAACGCUGCUAAGGUUGCGGAGCUAGAGGAGGCGCAUCUUCUUACAAAGAAACAGCUCGAAGAAGCUUCUAAGGCGCGAGAUAUUGCAUCUGCUGAGUCUAGCGGCUAUCAAGAACUUGUGGAGAGGCUUGAAGCGCAAAUCGCCAGACAUGAGACAGCCCAUAGAGACUACGAAGAAGCUCUGAGUAAAAUACACGAAGAUCAUGCCAAAGAGUUUGACACGGCCAGAGCUCGCACUACGGAAGAGCACGAGGCUGAAAUCAAUAUGCUCGUAUCGGAGCAUGCUGAGAAUAUCAAAUUACUCGAGGGUGAUGUUGCGGAGGCUCGCGAUGAACUUAUGAGGGUUGCUACUCAAGUAGCUCAAGCGCUAGGCCUCGAAGUCAGCAUCGAAAAGAUCAGCGAGCGCAUUGAAGACUUGGUGGCGGACCAAAAGGCUUUGAGGGUCGAGCAGCAUAAGUCAGCCGAACUCGAAGCGCAAGUUAACGAGCUAGAGGCCAUUAACAAUACUAUCAUGCGUGAUCUUGAAGCCAUCAAGUCCUCACUGAAUGAGAUGCUUCAUAUUAACGGCGAGUCCAGCAAGAGUCCAUAUCCCUCCGUCGUGGAGCAGCUUGCAGCCGUUAAGAAGAGAAUGACAGAUCUCGAGAACAAGAACAAGAAGCAUUCGCGCUUGGUAGAAGAGUUGGAAGAUCAACUUCAGACCAACUACGAUCAGGCUCAGAUCACUAACAACCGAUUGUCUACUCUGCAAACGGAGCGCAACACGAAGAUUGAGGAGGCGAACACUGCUAGAAUACGGGCACAGACCGAAUUGGAGACCGUUAAAGAAGAAAUGGUCGCCCUCCAGGUUCGCAUUGAAGAACUAACUGUCGCCGCCGAAGGCCCCAAACGAACCAACUCAACGAGCUCGCAGAUCCGCAAAACGGCGUCCGUUACUUCAUUGCCCUCUCCACCUCCGGCAAUUCCAUUACCACCUUUGCCACCUGCCGGUGCAACCUCUCCAACGCAGUCUACGGCCAAUGGUGGUCGACCCAAUAGUCAUGAUCUUGCUUAUGCUCAGAUCCACAAAGAUCAGGAAGAUCGCAUCCAGAGCAUCGAGAGACAUCUCAAGGCUGAGAGGCAACUCACUUCCACGCUAGAAGAAGCCUUGACCGAUCUUGAAAGCCAGUCGAAGAAGAUCCGGGCCGAUUGUGAGGCCUGGAGGAAGCGUGCGCAGGAGUUGGAAGGCGAGGUGAAGGAACUCAAGGAGAAACCCCAACACGACAACCGAUGGCGCGAUAGCCUUCAUCAGAUCGAGGAGGAGCGUAAGAAGCGCCAGGACGCCGAGAGGGCUAGGACCCAUCUCGAGGAACGUAUGAACGCGAUCAAUAACAAGAAAAAGAAGAAGGGCAGCCUCAACUGCUUCUAGUCGCAGGGUUGGCGUAAUAUGCUUUCGGCAGCUCUUCUAAUCCUAAUCGUAUUUACGUUGGUUUGCUUUAUCCGCCCUCCAUUACCACCUCGCCACAUGGUCUAUUUGGGACUCUGUUUUAUGGCCUUAUCCAAGCAUGCGAUGCGUAUCUGGCAAGGAGUUAAAGGAGUUUGACGUUCUCUUCGUCCUCGUGU